AAAGAAAAGACGAGCCCUCUCGCCUCCGCUUCCGCCUCGCCGCAUCUUCACUCGGGCUUCCUUCUGCCCCGUAGGCGCAGACCUACAUACCAUACACGCAGCAAAGAUGGCGACAGCCGCACCCGCGCAACCACCGUCCAAAGCCUGGGAGGCGAACCACAACGUCCAGGUGAUGUGCCCGGACUGCCGGGAGAUGCCAGCGAACCUAGUCGAGGAGUUCAGCAGCGGCGACAUGGUGUGCGGAUCGUGCGGGCUAGUCCUGGGCGACCGCAUCGUCGACACGCGCUCCGAAUGGCGAACCUUCAGUAACGACGACCAGGGCAACGACGACCCGUCCCGUGUCGGUGACGGCGCGAAUCCGUUCCUCAAUGGCUCGCAGCUGGAGACGUCGAUCUCUUAUACGCCCGGCGGCGCAGGGCGGGAUCUCCAUCGCGCACAGAGCAAGGCCACCGCCCAGAAAAAUAAUAAUAAGACCCUCCUCGCCGCGUAUAAGGAGAUCGGGGCGUUCUGCGAUUCCAUGGGGCUCUUGAAGAACGUUUCCGACUCGGCGAAACAGCUGUUCAAGCGGGUCGACGAUAACAAGUCGCUGAAAGGAAAGCCGCAGGAGGCCAUCAUCGCCGGCUGCAUCUUCAUCGCCUGCAGACAGGAGCGUGUCCCGCGUACCUUCCGCGAGAUCUUCGCCCUCACCAAAGUGCCCAAGAAGGAGAUCGGCCGCGUGUUCAAGCAGCUGGAGAAGGUGUUCAACGAGCAGCAGCGGACCGAGGAGGAGGAGGCACGAGCGAAGGGCGAUGAGCCACCCGUCGUGUCCGCCGCACACUACAAGACCACGUCGAGCACCAAGGCCCACGACCUCAUGAUUCGGUACUGCAACAACCUACACCUGUCGCAGAACUGCACGGCGAUCGCGCAGGAGCUCUCGAGCAAGGCGGCGUUCCUGGGUACGCUGGCCGGUCGCUCCCCGAUCUCGAGUGCCGCCGCGUGCAUAUACCUCGUCAGCUACCUGAUGAAACAGCCCAAGUCGGCGAAGGAGAUCAGCCAGGUUGCUGGUGUCAGCGAUGGCACCAUCCGCAAUGCGUACAAACAUCUCUACGCCGACCGCCACAAGCUCAUCGACCAGCGCUGGCUCGAGGGCGGAAAGGGCGACAUCAGCCUUCUGCCGACAUCAUGAGGGCCCCCCUCUCAGCCCAGU